AUGACUUUUAUUCAUCGUGCGGCGACUCGGCUUUUAAGACAAAAGCCAGUGCUCAAUAGUAUUGCUUUUAGGAAUUUAUAUAGAACCGGCGGUUUAAAAACUAAUAGCUUCAUAGGUCGCACAUUUGUUACUGAAACGAAGGGUGAAAAUUUUGGUGUAGUCCAGGCUGUUAUUGGUGCCGUAGUUGAUGUUCAAUUUGAUGAAAAAAGUUUACCACCUAUUUUAAAUUCUUUGGAAGUUCAAAGAGAUGGUGGUCGCCUUGUACUUGAGGUUGCUCAACAUUUAGGACAAAAUGUUGUGCGGACCAUAGCUAUGGACGGAACAGAAGGUCUUGUUCGUGGUCAAAAGGUAGUAGAUACCGGCGCUCCAAUUACAAUUCCAGUCGGUCCAGAGUGCUUGGGUCGUAUUCUUAAUGUUAUUGGUGAACCAAUUGACGAGCGCGGACCGGUCAAAACGAAAAAAACUGCCCCUAUUCAUGCAGAGGCGCCAGAAUUUAUUGAUCAAUCGACAGCUCCUGAAAUUUUGGAAACUGGUAUCAAAGUUGUUGACUUGUUAGCACCUUACGCUAGAGGUGGUAAAAUUGGCCUUUUCGGUGGUGCAGGUGUCGGAAAGACCGUCUUAAUUCAAGAACUUAUUAAUAACAUUGCCAAAGCUCAUGGUGGUUAUUCUGUUUUUACUGGAGUCGGUGAGCGAACUCGCGAAGGGAACGAUUUGUAUCAUGAAAUGAUACAAACUGGUGUAAUCAAACUUGACGGUGAAUCUAAGGCUGCUCUUGUUUUUGGUCAAAUGAAUGAACCUCCUGGUGCACGUGCACGUGUUGCAUUGACCGGUCUUACCCUUGCUGAAUACUUCCGAGACGACGAAGGCCAAGAUGUCUUACUCUUUAUUGAUAACAUCUUCCGUUUCACUCAAGCUGGUUCUGAAGUGUCUGCUUUGUUAGGUCGUAUUCCUUCUGCUGUAGGUUAUCAACCUACACUAAG